AUUUUUUUGAAUCAAAAAAAAAAAAAUGUUCAUAUAUAUAACAUUGCCUCUAUUAUUGUUUUUGAAUAUUGGAGCUACCACUAAAAACAAUGAUGAGAACUGCGAAACUCUUAUGUCAGAAAUACAUAUAACGAAAGAUGAAUAUGAUGAACUUGGAGGAUUAACAAGAACUUGCAGUGAUGAUGUUGCAGUAACAAGAUGUGAGGGUUUUUGUAACUCACAGGUUCAACCUAGUGUAAUUGCAGCAACAGGAUUUCUUAAGGAAUGUUAUUGUUGUCGUGAGAAUUAUCUCAAAGAAAGAACAGUUAGGUUGAAUCAUUGUUAUAAUGCAGACGGAGUUAAAAUUGAUGAAUUAAAUUUAGCCACUUUGGAGAUAAAAAUUCGCGAGCCUGCCGAAUGUAAAUGUUCUAAAUGUGGAGUUGAUGAAUGUCAAGUAACUCCAGUUAUUCAUGUACUUCAAUAUCCUGGUUGUAUUCCGAAACCAAUACCAAGUUUUGCUUGCACUGGACGCUGUAGUAGCUAUUUGCAAGUUUCAGGAUCGAAAAUUUGGCAAAUGGAACGAAGCUGCAUGUGUUGUCAAGAGAGUGGCGAGCGCGAAGCAAGUGUAUCCCUCUUUUGUCCUAAAGCUAAACCAGGAGAGCGCAAAUUUCGAAAGGUACUGACGAAAGCUCCUUUAGAGUGCAUGUGUCGACCGUGUACAGGAAUUGACGAAUAUGCAAUUAUACCACAAGAAAUUGCAGGAUUUUCUGAAGAAAAUAUUUUAACAAGUUCUGCACAUUUUAGAAGAUCACCAGAAUUAUGAAAAUACUGCUA